AUGGAGACGCACUUGGUCGCGCUGCGAACCUUCCAUCGCCUCUUUGAGCAUACCGAGGUACCAUACCGAUUUGUCGUCCCCGCACAGAACGAACCAGAUGCAAGUCUAUGGCCCUCGAGCGUGCAUGGUCUCCACCUCGGAAACGUGGUGCACAAGUGGCGCCAACGCCAGGGCCGACUGACGCCGGCGCAGCGCGCGCAGCUCGACGCCCUCGGCUUUGUCUACGACGCGACGCGCAGUCCGUACAUCGAGUGGUCGGACAAGGUACUGGCCUUGCAGACCUACAAAGCACUCACAGGCCAUGUCCGCGUCCCAAAAUCGUUUGUCGUGCCAGACCAAGACCUCAACUGGCCGCCGCAGCUGUGGCACAUGAAGCUGGGCGGCGUCGUCGACAAGCUACGGCGUGGCCUCGACGGCUUGACCAACGACCAGCGUGCGACCUUGGCGAGCCUAGGGUUCGUCGGCAAGCAUGGGCGUGCGCUGGCGUUCGAGGAGGCAACCCGCGUCGUGCCCAUUUAG